AUGGGCCCUCCUCGGCGCAAGGUACUCGCCACGGCGGAAGAGACUAUGGUCCCGCCGGAUGAGCUUGCCCAGGGACACUUGAUUACGCGGGUCAUCAAAGCUACCGGAAACAACGUCUACCUGGUUGAGACGCCAUCCAAGGAGUCGGCCCUGGUCGAACUGCCUUCGCGAUUCCGUUCGACCAUCUGGAUCAAGCGUGGAUCUUACGUGGUGAUCGACACCAAUGCUCUUGAGGGCCGCGACAACAAACUGAAGGGCGAGAUUAUCAACAUCGUCCGGGACGAGAAGGCAUGGCGCAAGGCUCCAUUCUGGCCCAAGGAAUUCACCAAGCAGGUUGUUGCCGCUUCAGACGACGAGGAAUCUGAGGAGGAGUCUAAUGUUGGUAAACUGCCGCCUUCGGACGACGAGUCUGAUGCGUGA